AUGGCUGGAGAACACGGAAAUAACGAUAAUUCUAGCGUUAACACCUUGCAAGCCGCCGUCGUAGAAAUACGGCGCUUACAGACCCAGAUUGUGGCCAUCGAAGCCGAAAGAACACAUGAGAAAGAAAAAGCGAAAAUGAUUUCAGAGGAGGACGAAGGAGAGAGCGUCAUGGACGUACAGCCUCUGGCACAGCACUUACGGGACACCCAAGUCUUGGAAGCAAUUAAGGUUCCUCACCUUCCUACCUUUGACGGAAAAACUGACCCUCGAGAGCAUCUGAUGGCAAUUGGAACACAAACUGCCAUAAUCAAUGCUCCGGAGCAUCUGAAAUGUAAAUUACUAGCCGGUACCUUCAAGGAUGUAGCCUUACGUUGGUACAUGAACCUUCCAAGGAAUUCAAUAGAAAGUUAUGCUGAUUUUCAUAAAAAAUUCAUUCACCAGUUCGCCGGAUCGAAACACGUGAAAGUCACAUCAACUAGCCUUUUCUCCAUUCGCCAAAACCACGGCGAAUCGUUGCGCAGUUUUCUAGCCAGAUUUAGCGAGGCCACCAUUAAGGAGGUAAACAAGAGAGCGGAGUGUUACAUAAAGGGCGAAGAAAGUAACGCCGAGAAAAGGCAAAGAGACGCCAAGGAGAGGGAAUAUGUGGGCCGUGCUACUAGAGCGCCAGAACACCCGCGACCAAAAACGGGAAGUCAUCAAGGAAACACAUGGCAAAGGCACCCUGGUAAGCCCUACCAACAACCGCCAAGGAAAGAGUUCAGGAAUCACCCUGCUGAUGAAGAGUUUACGCCAUUAAAUGCUUCAAAAGUGUACGUGUUAAACGAAAUUCUGGCCAGUGGUUUGGCAAACCUCCCCCCAAAAAGAGCCAACAAUAUCCCCUUGGGGCUCAACGACAACGCCUGGUGCGCCUACCACAGGUGCAGAGGUCAUUCUACGGAAAAGUGCUUCCGCCUAAGAGAUUUGAUCGAAGAACUGAUUAAAAGCGGACACCUCCGGAGGUUCAUUGACGAUGCAGCGCAAGGCCGGGUCGUCGUGCCAAAAAUCCCUAGACAAGAGCCACGAGAUACUCCGGGGCCAAGUAAAGAGCCUCCAAAGGAGAGGAUCUCUGUGAAUACAAUAGCGGGGGGAUUCUCAGGAGGAGGUGAGUCAAGCUCAGCAAGGAAAAGAUAUGUGCGCCGAGCCAUCUCAGAGAUAUAUCUCGUGAGACAACCCCAACCACUCGACGUUCCGGAUUUGGCAUUCACUGCAAGGGAUGGCCUGGAGGUAGCGCCCCAUGACGAUGACCCUUUAGUAAUACAAGUCCAGAUCCUGAACUGCGAUGUAAAGAGAGUACUGAUUGACUCAGGAAGUUCAGCAGAUAUUAUGUACUGGGAAGCUUUCAAGGCCAUGCAAUUAGCGGAGGAGCAAUUGCAGCCAUACGCGGGAGCUCUAGUUGGGUUUUCCGGAGAACAAGUAGACGUAAUGGGCUACGCCUCAUUACUCACUACCUUCGGAGAGGGGAGUAACGCCAAGACCAUCAAAGUGCGAUAUUUGGUAGUCAAAACUCCGUUCACCUCCUACAACAUUAUCAUAGGAAGACCUGCUUUCAACACCUUAGGGGCGGCCAUGUCCACCCUAUACCUAGCAAUUAAAUACCCUCUCGAUAACGGAGAAGUAGGAACAGUUAGAGGCGAUCAGAUACUCGCCAAAAAAUGUUACGAGUCCAGCCUAAAGAUAAGACAUAGAACCUCCAUUGCAAGUGGAGUAUCCGAAAGAAGACAAGCCACAGUCCCGGGUGGCAUAAACAUCAUUGAAAAUUCAGACAUGGAUCCAAGGGAAGAAUUUCAAGAUAGAAGGGUGAGCCCUAUAGAAGACCUGGAGCAAGUCCAAAUCGGCGAUCACCCGCACCAGACAACCAGUCUAGGAACGGCGUUACCCGACCAGGAGAGAAGAAGAAUCAUCAAAAUCCUGAAAGAUAACGCUGAUCUAUUUGCGUGGAAACCCUCAAACAUGCCAGGGAUAGAUGAAGGGGUAAUAACACAUAAACUGUCAAUAUCGCCCAGCACAAAACCAGUCUCCCAAAGAAAAAGAAAGGUUGGGGAGGAAAGGCGAGCUGCAAUAGCGGAGGAAGUAGAGAAACUAAAGGAGGCUGAAUUCAUUGAAGAAAUAAAAUACCCCUCGUGGUUGGCAAAUGUCGUCAUGGUAAAAAAAGCCAACGGAAAAUGGAGAAUGUGCGUGGAUUUCACGGAUCUAAACAAGGCAUAUCCUAAAGACCCAUAUCCUUUGCCCAACAUAGACAGGUUGAUUGAUGGCGCUUCAGGGUGCAAGAUGUUGAGCUUCAUGGACGCCUACUCCGGGGUCUUCUCUGAGCAAAUAGGAAAGAACCUAGAGGUGUACAUUGACGACAUGGUAGUAAAAACUUCCGAAGAAAAUCGCCAUGACGAAGAUCUUUUGGACAUCCUGGGAUCAGUAAGAAAGUAUAACAUGAGGUUAAACCCAGCGAAAUGUUCCUUCGGGGUGCAAGCAGGAAAAUUCCUAGGUUUCAUGCUCACCAGCAGAGGAAUAGAAGCCAAUCCAGAAAAAUGUCAAGCCAUCAUAGACAUGAGAAGCCCUACAUCCGUGAAAGAGGUCCAAACAUUGACAGGCAGAAUAGCGGCAUUAUCCAGAUUCUUAUCAUGCGCGGGCGAAAAAGGUUUCCCCUUCUUCGCAUCUCUUAGGAAAAAUGAAAGAUUCUCCUGGACGCCCGAAUGUGAAGAAGCCUUCAGACAACUAAAGGAAUUCUUAGCAUCGCCGCCCAUCUUGACGCGCCCAUUACCAGGUAAUACCCUUUACCUUUAUCUUGCAGUUUCAGAUAGAGCCUUAAGUUCAGCUCUAGUUCAGGAAGUAGAGGGCGAAGAAAAGCCUAUAUAUUUUGUAAGCAGAACCCUUAGAGGAGCAGAAACAAGAUAUCAGAGGAUAGAGAGGUUAUCUCUUGCGGUGGUUGUCACAGCUAGAAAAUUAAGACAAUACUUUCAAAGCCACAAGAUAGUUGUUAGAACAGAUUACCCUAUCAAGAACGUCCUCAAAAAGCCAGACCUAGCAGGAAGGAUGGUAGCAUGGUCCGUCGAAUUGUCAGAAUUUGAUAUCACUUUCUCACCCAGAGGGGCCAUCAAAUCGCAAAGACUGGCCGACUUUGUAUUAGAAAUGUCUACCCCGCCAACAACUGAGAAAGCUGCGCCUUGGACCCUCUCAGUAGACGGAGCCUCCAACGUACGGGGAAGUGGAGCCGGAGUAGUGUUGGAAGGACCAUACGACGUUAUGAUAGAACAAUCAUUACGUUUCGCCUUCAAAGCCAGCAACAACCAAGCUGAAUACGAAGCCUUGAUAGCGGGAAUGAAGUUAGCAAAAGACAUGGAAGUGAAGGAGUUGAAAGCCAUGAGUGAUUCCCAACUGUUUAUGUUCCUCGCGAACAAAACAUGA